AUGCCCAUCGCUAGGAUAUUGGGCACAAGAGGAUUUUUCGUAUUUUCAAGUAAGCAGUCUUAUGACAGAUUCAAAGAGACAAAUUUUAAUAUCAGCGUUCUUGACUCAGAAGGUGUAGGUGUCCCAUUUCUGCACAUUGUCCGGAAUUAUAACGUUAUUGGCCAUUUGACAGGAAGCUCACCGGACUUUCAUAUUUAUAAGUACGUUUUACAAAAAGCGGAAGAUCCGCCUUUGUACUCUGAAUCAAAGGUUAUCUGUGAGGACAAGGCAUUUCGUUUAUGCAAAAUACCUUACUGCGAAAUUUACAGCCAUCUUAACUUUCUUAAAACCAAAUAUGAUUUUUUCUACCCCUCUGGGACUCAGUUUCACAAAAAGUAUCAGGUGGUCAAGCAGAACAACUUCCGAGAUCUGGAUACUUAUUUGGAUGGUUUACAUUUCCAUUGGCAUGUGAAAUUUUAUAGUGAUCAUUAUCGAUUGAUGUACUUCAAUGAAUACGAUUUGGGUUCUUCAAAUGAUGCAAGAGCAAAGAGGAAACAAAGUGAUGCUCCAGAUAUUGAUAUUGUAGUUGGCCACUAUACAAAAAGAUUUUCCAAUUUCAUCCCCAGAUCUAUAUCUAAGUGUUCCGAACUUGUUAUUGGAGAGCAAUCCCGACCUGACUCCCUUGGCAUCUCCUCUGUUCCGGUCUUAACUGAAACAUUUGCCUGUCAAGGGGCGUUAAUUCAUUACCUGGAACAUAUAGAAGAAAAAAAUAGAAAAUAG